AUGCUCUGGAUGCAUCGUUUUUGGUCCAAGAUUCGGGGUACCGGACCCAAGGAAGAAGAGGGCAGUCAAGACCAACACCUUUUGCUAUCCAAAGUUGAGUGUAUGAGAGAGCUACUACCUGCUGCUAUACCAGGUUCACAAAACUUGGGAGAGCAGGAGAUGAAAUAUGUGGGGUUUGGCAUAGGUGGUGCGGGCAACAUUCGCAGGGUCUCAAUUCAAAACGGGCAAUACUUUGACCACCCCGCUCAGUCAUAUCGACGAGAUGAACCACGGGAAACCGGGUGA